GUCGGACUCGUCGCGGGUCAGCUAGCGCUCACUAUCUCACUAUUGAGAGCGCAGGGAACAGGUGAGCACACCUGUGCCAGUAAAUGUCAACAGUCGUGGACGAAGAUGAACUCCUGAAUGUUCCGGAAGAUCAACAGCAAGCCAUCGAGGAGAUGUUCGACGUCGAUGAACUUCUCGGACCCAGCGAAGGUAGCAAGGAAGAAGCCUCGACUGAACAAGCCAGUCAAGGCGGAACUUUAUCGGAAUGUGCUGCCGAAGAUAAUAUUGUUACGGAGACUAGCACCACUGCUGCAGUAGUCGAUGAGAGUUUCGAACGUGAAGAAUUAGAUUACGAAGAGGAUGACGAUGAAGAACAUAAAGAAGAGAGAACAGGGAGAUUUACAUCUGAGAGGAAACCUGCUGAUGCGACUCCACCCACAAGCACAAACAACAUAGAUAAAGUGGAAGGAAGGCGUCAAAACAGUGGUGAGAAUCGGAAUCAUAACAAUAAUCAAAAACAGUGGCGCAAUGGCAGCGGACGAGGAAAUGGUCGUGGUCGCGGAAAUAAUGGGCAUCGUUAUAGGGGUGGUCCCAACAUGCAGUAUGGUGGACCGAUGCGCAUGCAGCAAGGACCAGGUAUGGUAAAUGGACCAACUCCGUUACUUUCACUGAAUACGCAAGGCCUGUACCCGCCUUCUGGGGGAAAAAUCCUUAUCAAUCCUAAUUUCCGAGGACCUAUGGGACCGCCUGGCCCAGGACCAUUAGGUCCUGCAGGUGUGCUACCUCUGGUAGGUGCGCCGUCCGUGCUGCCAACAAUUGUACCCGGGCAAGGUCCUAUCAUUCCUCGUUUACCCAACGGAAUUCCUCUUACAGGUCUUCCAUCAAAUCAUGGAGCUGCUGGUUUUGGUCCUCCACCGUCAAGUCGCCCUCAAAUGCCACCACCAAUCAUGCCUGGUAUGAAUACUGGGAUCACUCGUCCCGCUCCAGUUGUACAGUGGGAUCAAGCGGUUGAGGCAUUUCUCAGUGGUUCUACGAGGCAUCGCAGUCCACAUAGAAGACAUCAUCGCAGUUCUUCCUACAGCAGUUAUAGUAGCUACAGCAGCAGGUCAAGGAGUGCUGGAAGCUCACGCUCGCGAUCUCCUCGUCGAAGGCGGGAGAACAGAGGCGGAAGCAACAGACCAAGAAAUCAGAGAGAUCGUGGCGGUCGCGGAGGAAACAGCUUCCGGGGUCGAGCGGGGCAAAAUCGCCGCGAUGUGCCGAGGAGAGAUGCAAACAGAGACAACAAGCAGAUAUCAGUAGAAUGUGCAAAAGCAGUUGGACUCGAUAAUGAGUAUCUUUCCAAGUUAGAGGAUCAGCGCAGAAAGCGGGACGAAGUGCUGAGAAGAAAGGAGCAGCGCCGUUUCGGCGGCGGUGGCAACAACGAGCAGAGUUCUUCCUCAAACCAGCGUCAGAACGACCGAAAUGACCGAGGAAAUUACCGACAGAGCCAGCAAAGAGAUCGCAGAUCAAACGAAGGUCCAUCUAACAACGAUCAGAGAAGAAACGGUGGUGGCCCAAACCCGUCCUCAGUGCAGAACAACUCCAAACCAUCUACGGAAGCAGAAGCAGCCCUUAGAAAGAACAAAGCUUACUUGUGUGUGAACGUUAAGAACGUUAAACAACUAACAACGGCCAAGAUGCGAGUUGAAACGCUUGCAAAGGAUUUGGGAGAAAUUAGGAAAUGCUGGAAGUCGAAUGAGGACCAAGUGACUGUCAUCUUCGUCGAGCAUUCUAAAGCUAAGGAAUUCAUGCUAAAGUACAACAACAAAGUUUUAUCUGGUCUUCGCAUACAAGUUGGACUGGAGAAAGCUUAUCUCAACCUGGCGGAAAUUCAAUAGCCUUUCAUUGUUUUUAUAUGUACCUAAUGUUUCUGAACGUGUAUCUUCCCUUUGCUGUCUUUAUCGCAUUGCAGUUUAUGUUCUCAUUUAUAACUUGUCGAGUUUUAUAGAUGUAGGGAAACCUAAGCCCCCACUUUGUACUUUGUAAGAGAGUAACAUCGUAAUGAUUUGGCAUCUCUUCUUCCACAGACACAUGCUUAACUCUUAUAAAUGACUUUGUUCAUGUUUGUUUCAUAUGUCACGCUACCAGUUUUAACUGUAGUUGAAAUAAACUUAUAUUUAGUAAA